UCUCCGAUACGGCACAAGGGCUUGAUUAGAAGCCAAGCCUCAAAUUGGAGUUAGAAACUAAGCCUCAAGCAACAAGUUCUGGCUUUCUCUUAGUUCUGACUGUACAUUUGUUUCUUCCUGGCACUGACGCAGGCUUUAUUUUUUACACUGAAGUCCGUAAGUUUCUGGCUAACUGUGAAUUUGUCUUUUGAUCUGUAUCAGGACUUCUGACAAAUGGCAAAAGCAGCAUCCAGGGAAGCUUCAGAAGUGAAGCAACGCAUCUUGGACUAUUUAAGGGCAGCUGAGACUCCAAAAAAGGCCAUUGAAGUUGCCAGUGGAUGUUCAAUUACAAAGCAGGAAGCCAAUAAAGCGCUGUACACGCUGCAUAAGGAAGGCCAAGUAGAGAAACGGGAUGGUGGCAAGUGGGUUGUCUGUGCAGAUGGUACGGAGCUGGAAAGCUGUUGCAAAACCCCCCAGUCGGCAGCUGCUGACACUGCCCUGGUGCCGUGGGGCCGGCGUGGGAAUGCUGUGGUGCCUGCGAGAAACAACAGUGGGCUGACAGAAACACAGGAAAGGAUGUGUUCAUAUCUGCAUGAAAAUGGACCUCAGAGGGCUUUAAGCAUUGCCAAACACCUUGGGAAGCAGACGCAAAAGGACGUCAAUCCAGAUUUAUAUGCACUGAUGAGAAAACAUCUCCUCCACUUCGAUGAGGAACAGAAACUGUGGUCAUGUUAUAGCAAGGGAGCAGAUUACAAAGCAACAGGUCCUAAAGUGAAGCCAAGUAUAACCUAUAUUCUUCAGACUAAUCCAAUAAACAAUAUUUCUCUGCCAGGGGAUCACAGUGCUGUUCAUAUUUCUCAUUCCACUGCUACACAGAUUGGGCAUAACAAUACUGCAAACGUGAUGGAUAAAAACAAUGAUUGUAACCCAACUGCUCAGAGUUCUCUGAGUUCAACAAAGAACGCCAAGAGCUCGUACGAUGACUCGGAAGCUAAAGCGGCUAUGCCGUGUGACCAGGACAUCCAGGUGACUGAGUCCACGCUCAGAAAUGUUCUGGUUGGUAAUCAAAAUCAAAUGGAUGUUAUCAAGACAGACUUUGUUGACAGCCCAGCAGAGCAGGUGGGCCAAUGUGGAACUUCAGAAAAAGAUUCGUUUGGUCAAAUUCCUUCUAGCAGCUCUUCAUUUUCACUGCAUAACAGCACACCCAAUAGGACAGGGGGAACUUCAUCACAGAGACUCAGCAUCAAUAAGUCUACUCUGGAUAAUGUCAUGAUUGGAAAUGCCAAUCAGAUGAGCGUUUGUGAUGGGAUUGCUUUUGCUGACCUUGCAGACUUGUCAGCAAAUAAGGACGAUGACACCUCAGAUUCUGAUUCGACAUCCAAUGAAGCUGAAAGGACAUCUGGUGAUUACAGCAACCUGGAUCAGUUCUCCGAUAUUUCCAUCCUUUGUGCCAUGUUAAAAAACACAGUCUUUGGGAACAGCAAUAACCUGAGUAUAGUAGAAUUAGUGGAUUCUGAGUCUGAUUCAGAAAAUGGAGGUGAAUAAAAGACACAUGGGGAAAGAUGACAUCUUACUUUUUAAAUCCCUGCAAAACUUCACAAACGGUUGCAAGUAAAUGUACUGGUUCUAAUGAUUUUUGCUAUGGAAAAGCAUAGAGAAUAAUUGGACUAGGGGAGAGCCUUGUGUUAUCUGCUUGCUCAAAACAUUGAAAAGGGAGAAGGAACACAUUUCUUUUUUUGAAUAAGUUGUCUUGUAAGAGAGGAAAAAUAAAUAGAGGAUUAAGCUUAGUUUACCUGUGAACUUUCAAAGCCCUGGAAACAUGAUAAGCCUCCAAAACUGCCCAGAACUGUUGGAAACCUCAUGCUGUGGUCAGGAAUGGAUUUUCAAUGGCAGCUGAAAUGACGCUUCCCCACACCAGUACUGAACAGGCGGAGCGGACAUGAUCCCACAGCAUGAGCUAAGCCUUCGCUUGGUAGGCAAAGCAUUCGGAUGCUGCCUUUUGAAGACUAGGGCUUUUAGGGAGGAGGGCCGGGAAGGAAGAAUAUGAAGCUUAAUGCUUUGUUUAAUUAAGAAUCCUAGUCCCCUCCAGGGUCUCGGCUCUACCUAAACAGGGGACCGGGGGCUGUGAAGCAGAUGCAACCCUGCCCCACAGAGCUUAUGCCAUGCUAACAGAGACGUGGAGCUGGAACAAUGCAAACUGGAACGUCCUACCUCACAAGCUGGAAGGAGGGAAGCCCAACCAGUUGCACAGAGCUGUUUAUGGUUUGCAUUGCAAGAACAACUGUGCUGACUUUGUCCCUGCCUAGGAGCAUGGCCCUGCAGAAACUGUGGUUGCUAUUGGAGUGCAGCGUUGCCAAUGCUCACUCACACAGGGCUUGAGGGCUACCUCAGGACUAAAUUAGGAAGUGCCCGAGAUGCACGCCACAUCACUUCUGCUUAUGCUUCACCCUGACAGGGACAGGAUAUAAAUAGCAGCCUUAGUGUAGCACUGCGUGAGUGCUACAAGCUCCCUCUCUUGGGUCCGUUUUGGGGUGCAGUGGAUGUGGUAAUGGAGUUGAAGCACUUCAUUGUGGCACUCGCUUCUGAGCCAAGUGGCUCAAGGUGGGGGAGAUAUGCCCACACCAUACACUGAUUUGCUAAAAGCCAUAGUUCCUUGAGCUCAGUAUCUUUUGCCUUUUAUCUAAAAGGAUUGAAUGUCUAGGCCCCAGGAUGCUGCAAGAAGACUAAGCUUGUGUACACAGUGUGACCUAAAUGUCCAAACGUCAAAAUAUGAUGUGAAAGAAAUUAUUUUUACCAAUCUUAUGACUCUAAUGCCACACUCAUGAUUAUUUUUUGGAGCCUGACUCAUAGUAUUUGGAUGCUUGGGACUGGCAAUAUGACAAGAAUUCGCCAUGUUGUGUGUUGAAUGUUUUGUGCCAUCCAUGGAAGUAACCAUGGUACUGUUUUACAUCAGAUAUUCAGGACCAAUAUUUCCUGACCCUUUCUUUGAAAAGUUUACCAGUAGACCUUGGCUUCCCCUGGCAGAAAGAUAUGGAUGUAGUUGGGUUUUUUCUAGCGCUAACAUCAUUUCCAAGUUGACUCGGAAGCAAGGAGAUUUCUAGCUGCGUGUGAAAAAUGUUCUGAGCUGAAGGAGCAUGGAAGGAAAUUUGAAGGAAAACAUGCAGCCUUAGAGAUGGAAACCACAUACCCCAAAGUCAACAUCUUGAAUAUUGAUGGGGUUUUUUUCCCUUUUCAUUUCUGCAGAGGUUUUCCUUAUAUAUAAUUAAUGUGUCACUAAUAUACUGACAAAGCAUUUCUGAUGGCUUGUCAAAGGCUAGAGGCAGAGGUUUACUUAAUCUCUUCUGAAGAAAAAUGACUAGCUGCCAAUUAACAUUAAACUA